UGAGGCUUUGAUUUGGGGAGGAUGGGAACAGAAAUGUUCAAAGGAUGGCUUCUAAUCUUAACCCAAUUCCUAGUUUUAUCAUCCAUUGUGGUUGAAGCCAAAGUCCCGGCCGUUAUUGUUUUCGGGGACUCCUCUGUUGAUGCAGGCAACAACAACCAGAUUCCGACUGUUGCCAGGAGCAAUUUCGAGCCUUACGGCCGGGACUUUGAUGGCGGCCGCCCCACCGGCCGCUUCUCCAACGGUCGGAUUCCAACCGACUUCAUCUCUCAGGCUGCCGGUCUUCAGCCGUUUGUGCCGGCCUACUUGGAUCCCUCCUAUCGUAUUUCGGAUUUUGCUCAGGGAGUCACCUUUGCCUCGGCUGGGAGUGGCUACGACAAUGCGACUUCUGAUGUGUUGUCUGUUAUAUCCUUAUGGAAGCAACUAGAAUACUACAAAGACUAUCGAAAGAAACUUGGAGCCUACGUUGGCGAAGAGAAGGCCAGCAAGACAUUAAGCGAGGCGCUUUACAUGACCAGUUUGGGGACAAAUGACUUCAUGGAGAACUACUACACGCUUCCAGACAGGCGGUCCCAAUACAACGUCGAUCAGUACCAACACUUCUUGAUUGGUAUCGCCAGAAACUUUACCAAGACCCUGUACAGCUUGGGAGCUCGGAAAAUAUCUCUCGGCGCGCUUCCUCCGAUGGGGUGUUUGCCACUGGAGAGGACAACAAAUUUCGCAGGUGAUCAUGAAUGUGUGCAGAGUUACAAUAUUGUGGCCUUGGCUUUUAAUGAUAAGUUGAAGGGUGUGGUGGAAGAAUUGAACAAGGAGUUGCCUGGGAUAAGAUUGGUGCUCUCAAACCCCUAUCCAAUCAUGAUGCAGAUUGUCCGAAAUCCUUCUCUAUAUGGCUUUGAAGAAACAGCAAUUGCUUGUUGCGCCACGGGUAUGUUUGAGAUGGGGUAUGCUUGUGGUCGAUACAAUCCCUUCACCUGCACAGAUGCAAACAAGUAUGUGUUUUGGGAUUCAUUCCACCCUACAGAGAAGACUAAUCUCAUAAUUGCCCAACGUCUGCUUAAAACUACAUUGUCUGAAUUCAUUUGAUCUGUAACUAAAUGGUGAUUCUUACGUUGUUAUAUGUGUUAAUAUUUGUGAUUCAAAAUAUAUUGAUAUGUUAUAUGUUUAAUUAAUAAAUUCAUGUAAUUGUCAUAUGGAUAUAGUGUUAUAUUUUGAUAUUAAAUAAAUUAAUGUAUUUUACAUUUGG